AUGAACUCAUGUCUCAAGGAUGAAUACAGGCGGCAGUUGAUGGGAGAUUGCAAUCAGAUGCCUUGCCAUAAGGUGUUCUGCAGAGGAGGUCUAAAGGACGAGGUGGUUGAGGCAUUAUCAGAACUGCUUUCAAGGUAUGGAGAUGUGUUUCUAUGCAGAAACAUAUGCAAAACCAUUGAUGAAGCUUCUGGAAGAAGCUUAGGAGAAGAUGGAGACAUAAUCCUAGACUUUUUCUUUUGCAUAAAUGGAAUGGGCCCCAAAAGAGGACCUGCUUCGGAAAUCAGGACUUGCGAAGAUGACGAUGGUGCAAGGAAGCCCCGAACGAAAAACGAAGAAGACAAAGGCGUCUUAAGGCUUGAGGGAGGAAUGGAGUCAAUGGAAUGGGCCAAGAGAAAGUUUAAGAAGAAAGGUGUUCCUUUGUUCAAAAAUAAGACCGGGAAUAGAUUUGGAUGCUUGAAAAUCAACGAGAUGAAGGAUGAGUUUGAUGGAGCAGGUCGGCUCGACCACAGUAUUUGUACUCUUAUAUCCAGAAAAGAAGAAAUCUCAGAGGAGAAAAGAUACAUUCUUAUUGGUGUGCUCCAUCUACUUCUCAAGAAGUAUGAAAACUCUCUUCAUCUAACUCUUGGAAUGAUGAUUAUCAGAAUUUAUUACUCGAUAAGUAGAUAUGAUGAUAUUGAAGAGAUAUAUUAUCCAAUAUUGUACAAGGUGUUCUGUAAUAUACGUAGUUUGUACAGUGAAAUGCUUAAGAAGACUUCGCUCAGUGAAGGCAUAGGUUGCGAAGGAGGAAAGAUAGACAUGAGAGAAGGCCGGGCUAUUUGCCUUUACCUCCCCAGGUUUACAAGGCUUGAUCUUUCGAUGCUUGUAGACAACAUAACUACUACUCUUAAUUCUGAGGAGGUGAUUGACAGCCGAGAAAGUAAGAGAGUUGAUAAUCUCCUAGGAAUGCUCCAUAUGCUAUAUCUUAUAAAUGAGGAGUGUGGUUUCCUCAGCUACAAAAAAUUCUAUCUAUCUGCCUUUUGUUCCCGGAUGAACUUCCGUGAGGAAUUCAAGCACUUCAGAACAAGGUCGAAGACACCUCUUAAUUUUCCCUUUAUCCUUCCUGUCCACAUCAAGGCAGAGCUGAUUAAGUAUGAAAAUAACGACAAGAUGAAGACAUCUUUACAAGAUUCCUUUUUUAAGUCUCUAUUUGAGGGGCAUGUAGAUCCAUAUCUGUUCAUUACCGUCAAUAGAGAAACCGUGUAUAGAGAUAGCAUAGAAAUAUUCAAGAAGAUGAAUGUCCUGGAUGCUAAGAAGCAGCUUAGAACCACAUUCAAAAACGAGGAAGGAGUUGACUCCGGAGGAAUAAGAAAAGAGUAUUUCCAGCUACUGAGCCAGGAAAUCAAGGAAGACGAAAGGCUGUUUGAACACACAGAGAACCGAAUCUGGAUCAGGCCCCAUAAAGGGGAUGAAGAGGAAUACGAAGCUAUUGGAAGAAUAAUUGCCAUUGCAUUUUACAACAACAUUGUCUUAAACAUUCCAUUUCCAAGCCUAUUCUUCAAGAAGCUUCUUGAUAGAAAGCCAACCCUCGAUGAUCUUAGAGAGAUAUCUUCUGGUAUAGCCACAUCGCUGAGGAACCUCAAAAGACUUUCAAAGGAUGAAAUAAACGGACUAGAUCUCCGAUUUGUUGCGGAGCAUAUAGUCGAUGGAACUACAAGAAUAUAUCCUCUUGUGAAGAAUGGAAAAAACAUAAAGCUGACAUCGGAAAACAUGAAACUGUUUAUUGAAAAAUAUAUCGAGUUCCAUACAGACACUCUUAUAAAGCCUCAGUUCGAAGCCAUUAGGAGAGGAUUCUACUCCAUAAUAGACAGGGACAAAAUGGUAUACUUGGAUCCAAAGGAAUUGGAGAAGAUAAUGAUGGGGUCGAAUACAUUUGACAUCAAAGCAAUAAGAUCCACCACCACAUACUCCGGAUUCCAGGAAGAUUCCCCAAUCAUCACAUACUUCUGGGAAAUAUUCGAGGCUCUGAACAGGAAGAAAAAGAAAAAGCUUCUUCAGUUCAUUACGGGAAACGACAGGAUACCUGUCUCCGGCUCUGCAUCGCUGAAGCUCAUCAUAAUGAAAAACGGAUGCGAUACGGACAGACUCCCCUCCUCGCAAACAUGUUUCAACACACUUCUACUCCCCGAGUAUUCAUCCAAAAGGAAGUUGGAGAAAAAACUUGAAACUGCACUAGAGCUCACUGCAGGAUUCUUCCUUCUCUGA